GAACAUGCUGCUACCAUUACUUCAUCACAUUCUAUAAAUGCAUAUCAAUGCUCUUCAACAAACUUACAAAAAUAAAACUACAAUCAUGAUGAUUUUUGAAUCUCUUGUGUUGUGUUUCCUCUCACUACUGUUACUCUCUCCAUUUGCAAUCUCAGAGCAAUGCAACCCACAAGACAAGAAGGCAUUGCUCCAAAUCAAGAAGGAGUUCAACACCUCUAUAACUCUUCAAAACUUAUGGGAUCCAAAAACAGAUUGUUGUAUCUGGGUUUGGAUCCAAUGCCACCCCACAACCAACCGUGUCAUUGGCCUCGUUAUGAAAUUUGAUGAACCAAGCAAUGAUAUCGUAGGUCAUAUACCUUCUUCAGUUGCUCAACUCCCUUAUCUCGAGCACCUUGAGUUCAACAAUUUAUCCAAACUCAGCGGCACAAUCAACCCUGUUAUCUCCAACCUCAAACAUCUCAAAUAUCUUGUCAUUUCUUUCACUAGUAUCUCAGGCACAAUCCCGUCUUUUUUGAGCCGAUUUCAAAACCUUGAAGUUCUUGAUCUAUCCUUUAACAAACUCUCAGGCAUCAUACCAAGUUCACUUUCCCAGUUGCCUAAUAUCCGGCUCUUAAACUUGGGAAAUAACAAGCUGACUGGCCAAAUUCCAAACUCAUUCGGAUCGUUUAAGAAGCCCGGGCCAGAGAUCUAUCUAUCAAACAACCAUCUUACUGGGCUAAUUCCUGCUUCAUUGGGACAAAUAGAUUCCGAGACGAUAAACUUAUCGGAAAACAAGCUUGAAGGCGAUGCUUCUAUGCUUUUCGGGAACAAGAAAAGGAUAAUGCGCCUUGACCUUUCAAGGAACUUGUUGUCGUUUGAUCUUUCAAAAGUGGAUCUUCCAAAGAGUUUGACAUUCUUGCAUCUGGAUCAUAAUUAUAUUUAUGGGAAGAUUCCACAGGUAUUAAACAAAGUGAAUGCUUUGGAGCGGUUUAAUGUGAGUUAUAAUCUGUUGUGUGGUGAGAUACCGCAGGGUGGGGAUUUGCAAAGGUUCGGUGUGUUUGCUUUUUAUCACAACAAGUGUUUGUGUGGCUCACCCCUUCCCAAAUGCAAAUCAUAAAGGAUAAUGGAAGGAGGCUAUAGCUAAGUUAAAAAUGAAUCUCUUGUUUCAUUUCAAUAUAACACCUUUUGUUUUUCUACCAUUUUGAAUUUCAAUGCUGUCCAACGUUCAAUAUUGCUAAGUUGAGCUGCUGUUGUAUUUUUGUUUAAAUGUUUGUAUUCCAAUUGCAAACUUUUGUAACCUAAUACACUCAAGUAUGACUAAUAAGCUUAUGUUUUCCUUAAA